AUGGCUCCCAAGGAUCAGAAGAAAGGCGCCUCCAAGGGCACCAAGGGCUCCAAGCAGGCCAACGCUGCUGCGAAGGCUGCCCUCAAGGGUGUUCACUCCCACAAGGCCCGCAAGGUCAGGCUCACGACCAGCUUCCACCGUCCCAAGACUCUGCAGCUGUCUCGUGCCCCCAAGUACCCGCGCAAGUCUGUCCCUCACGAGCCCCGCCUCGAUGAGCACAAGAUCAUCGUGCACCCUCUCAACACUGAGAGCGCCAUGAAGAAGAUCGAGGAGAACAACACCCUUGUCUUCAUCGUCGACAUCAAGGCCAACAAGGCUCAGAUCAAGGGCGCCCUGAAGAAGCUGUACGACAUUGACACCGUCAAGAUCAACACCCUCGUCCGCCCUGAUGGCACCAAGAAGGCCUACGCUCGUCUGACUCCUGACGUCGAUGCUCUGGACAUCGCUGCCACCAAGCUGGCUCUUGUCUAA